GCCUUGAGUUGGACAUUUUCAAGGCCUAAGAACUGUAAAUUGUAAGAUAAAUCCUCAUUGUAAAAGUCGACCCAUUUCUGGUAUAUUGCAUUCUGGCAGCAUUAGCAAACUAAAACAUAAGGCAUGAUAGACAAAAGGAGUUAGGGGCUUACAAAACUAGGGGUGGUAAAAGUCAGGGUCAAGGGCAUGUCACUGUCCCUGUGGCCCAGAAGUGGGGAAGCCACUGCUGCUGCCACCAAAAUUUCCAGCAUGACAACUGCCACUCUCACCCCAGAGCUGAGGAUCUGAUGCUGGAGAGCUGAGUGUGCCCACUGCAUGUCUCCCCGCCACACCUCCUGGCCGGCACAUGGGGGUCGCUGCUGCCUGGGCCACCCCACCGGCCUUCCCAGCCCCUGCCUCUCCUUGCUCUGCGUGUUCCCGGCACCCAGAGCUGAACUUGUGCCCUCCCCUGCUCACACUCCUCCCAUGGCUCCCCAGUGCCCUCAGGUAAAAUAAAACUUGGGGAGGUGUUGGAGAUCCCGAUUCUCCGAUCUUGUCCGACCCAAACCCCCUCCCCAAACCAGACACCAUGCUGGGCAUCUUGUACCCAAGAACCUCCCAACUCCGAGCCCCUGCCUGAGGAGCCCCCUCUUCCCAGAAUGCCCUUCCCACCCGUCACACAAGGCCUGCGUCACCAUGGCCACCAUUCUGGUCUCCCCGACAACCCCCUCUUUGGUUCCAGGGCUUCUCCCUUUCUGACUCAGAGGCCCAGGAAAGAGACACAGGUCAAGACAGUGGAGGGCUCAGGCUCAAUGGCUGUGAAUUUUCAGGAAAAUGUCACCCUGGCCCUGGCUGUGUUCACCAUCCUAGCCUCCAUCUACUUCUUCAACAAGGCUCAGCAGUGAGAAGAACGCAAGAUCUCAACCUAAGGUCCCCACCUCUGCCCUGGACUUGACUCUGGCCUCUAAGAUCAAAUAAAUGUGACUGAACCGC